AUGAGCAUUCAUAAUGCCGAACCCCGGGGCAAUCUACUUUAUCGCACCCCAAAAGGUCGCAUGACAUUAGGUGAAGGCCCCAUCUACCGAGCCAACGACUCAACGCUCCACUGGUUUGACUGCCUCUCCUCGCCAUGCGAACUGUACAUCCUCCCCGUAGACCCAGCCACUGGGCAAGCCGCCAGCGAAGCCCGGGUCGUGCCAUUAGCCGAUAGUAUUACUGUCGCGGCUUUUCGCAAAGGCCGACCCGGCUAUAUUGCUGCGUACUACCAAGGUGUCUGUUUUCUACAAGAAACCGGGGACUUUGAGGUUGCAUGUGAGAUCAUUCCCACUGCGGAGCGCGGUAUACGCCGAUUCAACGAUGGCGCGGUCGAUGCCGCCGGUAGGUUUUGGCUUGCAGAGAUUGACGUCAAGGCCGUGCAGUAUCCUCCUGGGAAGUUACCCGCGGAAUACGGCACUCCUAUCGGGAGGCUGUGGAGGUAUGAUCCGGAUGGGAGUUUGCAUUUGAUGGUUUCCGAGGGAAUUCUUUGUGGGAAUGGGGUUUCUUGGAGUCCGGAUAAUGGCACAGUGUACUUGAAUGACUCGGUAGGAAUGAUGAUUUACGCGUUCGACUUCGAUCUUGAGACUGGAAAUAUCUCCAAUCGACGGGUCUUGGUUGAUUUCCGUGCUAGUGGCGGAGAACCGGACGGAAUGAUCAUUGACACUGACGGAAAUCUCUGGCUUUCGCUCUACGGAACCAGCAGUAUUGUGGUACUCAGCCCUGCUGGAGAACGCCUCAAGGAGAUCAAGUUCCCGGCGAAGUACCCAACUUGCCCUACAUGGGGAGGCCAGAACCAUGAUAUCAUCUAUCUUUCGACGGGGAGGGACAGGACAGAAACCCCAGACCCAGACGAUGAAGGUGGCCAUAUGUACAUGCAUAGCCCGAUUGGGGCCAGGGGCCAAGCUAAAUUUGAAUUCGGAGGCUGA